UACAACAAUAUCCUCAAACGCCUAAAUUUGAGGAGUUUCUUCUUAUUCGUUUGAACACAAAAAAUGGGUUUUCGUUUGCGUGGAAUUAGAAGGGCUUCAAUUGCUACAAAAAUGGCUUCUUCAAAAUCAGGAGAAGUACCAAAAGGAUAUCUUGCAGUUUAUGUUGGAGAGGAAAUGAAGAGGUUUGUGAUCCCAAUAUCAUACUUGAAUCAGCCUUUAUUCCAAGAGUUGUUAAGCCAAGCUGAGGAUGAGUAUGGAUAUGAUCAUCCAAUGGGUGCUCUCACUAUUCCUUGCAAUGAAGAUGUCUUCCUCAACAUCACUUCUUCUCUUGAUCGGUGCUAGCUAGCUGACAAAGACAAGUUUAACAUAGAUUAGUUAACACAAAUUUUUAAGGAGAAAUUUAGAUCCAUUUUCUUUGCAAAUAUUUUUGUACUUUUUCUUCCACUUGUUGGGAAGUGCAAAUAUGUUUAUCUCAACGACAAAUUGGUGAAUAGACAUUCUCACGUUGUCUCAA